CUUGUCCGCUGAGCCCCGCGCGCCACUAGCUCGCCGAGAGGGAGGAGGAAGCAGCGAGUUCCGGAGCCCUCCCUAGCCCGGCCCAACCUUUGCUCCAGAGAUCAUGGCUGCCGAGGAUGUGGCGGCCACCGGCGCCGACCCGAGCGAGCUGGAGGGUGGCGGGCUGCUGCACGAGAUUUUCACGUCGCCGCUCAACCUGCUGCUGCUCGGCCUCUGCGUCUUCCUGCUGUACAAGAUCGUGCGCGGGGACCAGCCGGCGGCCAGCAGCGAUAGCGACGACGACGAGCCGCCCCCGCUGCCCCGCCUUAAGCGGCGCGACUUCACCCCUGCCGAACUGCGGCGCUUCGACGGCGUCCAGGACCCGCGCAUACUCAUGGCCAUCAACGGCAAGGUGUUCGACGUGACCAAAGGCCGCAAGUUCUACGGGCCCGAGGGGCCAUACGGGGUCUUUGCUGGAAGAGACGCAUCCCGGGGCCUUGCCACGUUUUGCCUGGAUAAGGAAGCACUGAAGGACGAGUACGAUGACCUUUCUGACCUCACUCCUGCCCAGCAGGAGACCCUGAGUGACUGGGACUCUCAGUUCACUUUCAAGUAUCAUCAUGUGGGCAAACUGCUGAAGGAGGGGGAGGAGCCCACUGUGUACUCUGACGAGGAAGAACCAAAAGAUGAGAAUGCUCGGAAAAAUGAUUAAAGCAUCCCGUGGAAGCAUAUCUAUUUUUGUAUUUUGCAGAAUCAUUUGUAACAUUCCAGUCUGUCUUUAAAACAUGGUGAUUUCAAUAUUUCGAGCAGUUUCGAACUUGCUGUUAAGUUUUUGUAAUUAACAUCACUAGUGACACUGAACCAGUUAACUCUUCCGUCUUCAAGUGCAUGGCGUGUUUGUGUGUCACAAAUCCAGACCGUGAACUGCAGUGCUGCGAUCCAAAUGUUAGGAUUCUCCCCUUCUGUCUGUAGUUAGUGCAGGCUGCCUUUAAAUUCGUUUUUUCCUGAGCGAGACAGGUAAGACUUGGGUAUUUCCCCCAAACAGGUAAAAAAAAAAAUGUUAACUGUGCAAAGUCCUUCUAGCCCCGAGAACAAAGGAUCAAUUUCUAGUCUCGCUGUCCUCAAGAUAGCAAAUCCUUUAUUUCUCAAUUGACUUAACUGCAUGAUUUCUGUUUUAUCUACCUCUAAAGCAAAUCUGCAGUGUUCCAGAGCCUUCUUUGGUAUUGAUGAAAGAGAGCUGCCCAGUUUAAAAAAAAAAGAAAAGAAAUCUCAAAGCUGGGUUCGGUUGGGAAAAGUACAUUCACUGUGUUCGUAGACUGCAUCAUUCUUUUUGUCCUCUGGACACUCAGAUGCCCCCACUAACACAGCAAUAUACAGUAAGACUUAAAACAGGAUCUGAACAUUCAAAAGAAAGCUUUGGAAGAGAUCCGCUGGCAUGCCGGAAAACCGAAAUGUAUGAAGAAAACGUAGAACUCUCUCCCCUAUCCCCAUGUUCACGGUGGGACAACGGUGAUUUCACACAGUUUGCCGAGAGAGGGGGGGUAUGCUGAACAGGAGCAGGCCUCUGCUCUCCGGAGAGCCUUCUCUCUCACACACACACACACACACACACACACACCCCACCCCCCAGGAAGAAGAAAGUACACAUCACUAGCCAAGUGGUUUUUAAAGUAUAUUCCUUAAGGUAACAGUUACUCUUCUGUUGUUACAAAACCAUAGCCACUGCGAGAGUAGUAGGCCAAGCGUCUAGGUCUUUGAUACUGGUCUUUUGGUUAACAAUAAACUUCGCUUAAGUAGACUGUACAGUUGUAUGAAUUUGUAAAAGUAUUAUAUGAACAACUAGUGAGGUUUCAAACUCUUGUAAUUGUAGUUGACUAGUCCUUGUAUUUUCUUGUGAACCGUGUUUCAUGGUUUUACCUCAAAUCAGAAAACAAAAUGAAGUGCUUGGUCGGUUAAUUAAUAAAAAUGGUUUUACCCAGUA